AGCGCCGCCAUUUCGUGGAUGCCGGGUCAGCGAGAGCAUCUGCUGGAGCCGGGAGGGGUGGGGAGUGGGAAGCGGGAAGCGGGAAGACCCAUCCCAGGGUGUGUUGAUUUGAGCGUCAGCUUUCUAAUCCACGAUCUCAAAAUGCAUCGUGAUUCCUGUCCAUUGGACUAUAAGGUUUAUGUAGGUAAUCUUGGAAACAACGGUAACAAGACUGGAUUGGAACGAGCUUUUGGCUAUUAUGGACCACUUCGAAGUGUGUGGGUUGCUAGAAACCCUCCCGGCUUUGCUUUUGUUGAAUUUGAAGAUCCCCGAGAUGCAGCCGAUGCUGUCCGAGAACUAGAUGGGAGAACAUUAUGUGGCUGCCGAGUAAGAGUGGAACUCUCGAAUGGUGAAAAGAGAAGUCGAAAUCGUGGCCCACCUCCGUCUUGGGGUCGUCGCCCUCGAGAUGAUUAUCGGAGAAGAAGUCCUCCACCUCGCCGCAGAUCUCCAAGACGGAGAAGCUUCUCCCGCAGCCGGAGAAGGUCCCUUUCUAGAGAUAGGAGGAGAGAGAGAUCACUGUCUCGGGAGAGAAAUCACAAGCCGUCCCGAUCCUUUUCUAGGUCUCGUAGCGGAUCUAGAUCAAAUGAAAGGAAAUAGAAGACCAGUUUGCAAGAGGAGUGGUGUACAGGAAAUAACUACAUUUGAUAGGAGUAUGUACAGAAAAUUCAAGUUUUGUUUGAGACUUCAUAAGCUUGGUGCAUUUUUAAGAUGUUUUAGCUGUUCACAUUUGUUUGUCUCUUGGAACAGUGACACAUAAAGAUGUAAUUCUCCAUGAUUUGAAUGGAUCAUACUAGGCAUGUAAUAUCAAGAAUUGUUACUUUACAAUGUUCCCUUAAGCAAAAUUGAAUUUGAAGUUUUGUCUUACAUAG